CAACCUGCCCCUUGCUCCUCUACCCGCCCAGCCCACCACCAGUACCAGCACCCCUCCUCCACUCUGAGCUCAGUCACUCACACACACUCUCUUUUCUCUCUCCUGCUGUGUGCCAGUCCCUCUCUCCCCCUCGACUUCCUCUAAGUGGCCACAGCUCCUCUCUUUUCUCUUGUCCUCUUUACAUCCCUCCACCACUCUAUUUCCUACUCCAGCUGUCGAGAGCAACCCGGCUCUGUCUGUUCGUCUUCACCUCUACAAGUUAAACGGAUCUCAGGCCGCUACUUUCACUAACUUUCCACUGAAGACUUUAUUUUCAUUUGUGACCUUUUUUAUUUUUGGUCCUUCACCCUUCCCCUCUGGAGAGGCCGGUUGGUGUGUGUCUGGCGUGUGUGCAGCAGCGUGUGCAAGGGCUCUGGUGUCGUGCUCUGCCCCGAGGGAGCCCAUAAAGGUUGUGACUGGAGGAGAAAAGUUUUCACCACAAUGAAUGUUCAGCUGCUGCUCCUGUUGGCCCUGGUUGGCCCUUUCUGCGCCUUCACACAUGCAAGCCCCACAGAGAUCCCUGCACAUGAUGAUGAGAUCACUGAGACUGUAGCAGACAUCAUCCCUGAGGCCACCGAGGCUCCAAAAGAGGACCUGACUGUCAUCACUGGUCCUCCUGCAACUGAACCAGCAGCGGCCCCUGAAGAAGUCGCAACAGAAGUGCCUGAAGAAGUCGCUACAGAAGUGCAUGUAGAAGUUGCUACAGAAGUUGUCACCGAGGCAGCGCUUCCUGCCUUUACUGUCAAUACUGAAGAGGCUGUCGUCGAGACAGAAGCCCCUUCUGCUGCUGCUACCGCAGCAGCACCAGAACCCCUUAUCACUGACGCUCCUGUAGUGGAGACUGAAGCUUCCGAUGAGUCAACUGAUGUAGAGGUCCAACCUGAGGUGACGGAAGCCACCGAGACGGUGGUUGUUGAAGACAACACAGCGGAGGGCCUGAGUUCUGGCCAGGUCGUCGGCAUUGUGAUUGGCGCUCUGUUGGCUGUGGUCAUCCUCAUCGCCGUGGUGAUUGCUGUGGUGAGGAGGAUGGGAAAAUACUCCCCUUGAGGAGAAAGUCUGCCAAGCAGCAGGAGCGCUCAAAGUUCUGGAAAUUCUGAACUACUGAACUGUGACAUCUUUUGCGAUCAUUAAAAGAA